AGCCCCGGAUAAGGAGAUGGUCGAUCCACCGCGAGGUCCACUUUUGUCCACAGUUUGUUUUGCUUUGCCAGUUUGCCUUCUUCCACAAACCCAGUGACGCUCAUUUCAUUACAACUUCACUCUCUGUUCAGACCCACGCACGCCACGCUGCGGAUCUUCGCCUCCCUCUCCAGGCUCCUUUCUUAUCGGGUCGGAGACCUAAAUUCCUUAUCAACAAACUUACUGUACAGUUUCCAGUACACAACAGUGCAGUUUCUCCUGCAGCCCUCCGUUUAGAGUCGGCUAAUUACAUCACACUCUUCCACUACCACCACCACCACCACCACCACCACAACUGCAUCAUCAUCAUCAUCAUCAUCAUCAUACUUCACAACUUUAAUUCGCAGGAUCUGGGGAUCAUAUCAUCUGGUUCCUGAACUGGGUUCCACCACUCCUAAUAUGUCAGGCCGAUCAAGAGCCUCCUCACCUCCUUCCCUUCCUUGCUCCCCCUCCGUGUCCUCGGCGGCUGCUUCUCUGGCCUCUGGCUUUCCCUCGGAUGACCCCGACGGGCCUUUAUACUUGCCUCGCCAACUGAGGCCGCGAACGCCCACUCCCUCCCCGCCUCGCUUCCCUAUCCUACCUUCUCCACCCGAUUCCCUACGCGUUUUCCUCUACUUGCUUGCUUUUCGUCUAUUGAAUGCCUUGACUACCCGCACCUUCUUCCAACCCGAUGAAUACUUUCAGUCUUUGGAACCGGCCUGGCAGGCGGCCUUUGGCGAAAACCACGGGGCUUGGAUCACCUGGGAGUGGCGGCACCAGUUGAGAUCCUCUCUUCACCCUCUCUUCUUUACCGCUGUUUAUUCCGCUGCCAGCGGGCUCGCUCGUGCUUUGCACCUCUCCCCUGCAUGGCAGGCGGAUCUUCUCAUUGCUGCUCCGAAGACGGCGCAGGCCGUUAUCGCAGCCCUCGGAGACUACUAUACCUGGAAGCUGGCUCGUUGUGCCUAUGGUCUAGCCAGUCCAGAGGCCUCAGCUGCGCUGGCGCUGACCGCCCUUAGCCCUUGGCAAUGGUUUUGUUCUACCAGAACCUUGUCCAAUUGCCUGGAGACAACGCUCACCGUUAUCGCUCUAUAUCUGUGGCCGUGGGAAUGGUCGGUGGCCCCGAAACCUCCCGUACAACCCAAACCGACUGGCCGGGUAAUCACCACGCCCUGGGAUUUGAUGAGAGAGGGCCAACGGCAUCAGCAUGAUGAGGUGGUUCUCGGAAGGCUGAGACGGUGUCUCCCGCUUGCAGCCCUUGCCUGUAUUUUACGGCCCACUAACAUCUUGGUUUGGCUGGUCCUAGCAAGCGUCGUAUUGCAUCGCAGCACCUCGGCGCGAAGAAAACUUUUAGCUCGCGAAGCUGCAAUUUGGGGCGCCGCUGUCCUAGCUGUAUCAAUCGUGGCAGAUCGACUGUUUUACGGAAUCUGGACCUUCCCUCCUCUCCGCUUCCUGUACUUCAACAUUGCCCAGUCCCUAGCUGUUUUCUACGGGCGCAACGAUUGGCAUUACUACCUCUCCCAAGGCUACCCUCUAUUGCUGACAACUGCGCUCCCGUUCACCUUUGUGGGCUUGUACCGUGUUUGGACACGCUCGCAUGCAGCCGCUAGCAAUGACCUGCAAGUUGAAACGCAGGCUCAACUGCAAGUUCAGCUGACUUAUGUGUGCCUUUCCAUGCCGCUUGUGCUCUCAUUGAUCUCUCACAAAGAAGUACGGUUCAUCUAUCCAUUGCUUCCCGCGCUGCAUGUUUUGACCUCUCCGGUGUUGGUGGACUUUUUUGGCCCUGCCGUGACCCAGUCGGUUGGCAGGCACAUUCCUCGCCGACUUCUUCUGGUGUUUCUUGUGUUGUGUAACGUUGUCAUUGGGCUCUACACCACAGUCUAUCAUGCGUCUGGGCCGAAUGCUGUGUUUUCAUACCUGAGAGAUCAACGGCGAGUCCAUGGUUCCAACCACCUGAGUAACAUCAAUGAGCCCGGCAUUACUGCCGGCUUCCUCAUGCCAUGUCACAGCACCCCGUGGCGUUCCCACAUGGUCUAUCCCACCAUCGAGGCCUGGGCGCUAUCCUGCGAGCCUCCCAUUGGAAUGAAUGCUACCCAAAAGGCGGAGUAUCGUGACGAAGCUGAUCAGUUCUACGACGAUCCCUCCGGGUUCUUGCGUGCCAAUAUGGCCGGUGGAUUGAGCUACUUUCCCCGACGACCAAGCUACCAAUCCCUUUCGGAACGGUCUCGAUCAUCUUUACGGCCCGAGGCUACCCCUAAGCAUCACUGGCCGGACUACCUCAUCUUCUUCGCCCAGAUGGAACCCACGCUCAAGAAACUGCUCCGCGGUUCCUCAUACGGCGAAUGCUGGCGCACUCACAAUACCGACUGGCACGACGACUGGCGUCGUCAGGGCGAUAUCGUGGUCUGGUGUCUGGACACAACCGAGCAGCUGGACUGGAAAACCGCGAAACGCUCCCGCCAACUCCAGCAGCGCGAUCGUGUCUUUAACCGCAUCGUCCAGGCCAUCAAGAAGCGGGGCCCGGGCGGCAGACUCCAGCAGGCGCUCCGCUGGACGACCUCGCGUCCCCAGUCCUCGUCGUGGUCAUGGCUGUGGCCGUGGUACCGGCGGCCCAAGCAUACUGUGCUUGGAUUUGAGGUUCCAGACUGGCUGGAUCGCCUCUGGGAUUUCGUCUGGUAAGGAUUGACCACGCAACACCCAUUCCCUCAUUUACGUUCCGUACGCAAGUACACAAUCUGUAUACCCAUCUCUUCUUUGUUAUAAUCCACAGUCUCUAUAUGUGUCUAUAGUGUCUAUAGUCUGGCUCAUGCUUGAGGUGUUCCCAGUUUGAUCACGCUCGCUGCCA